AUGUUUACCAGAACCUUUAUUCGCAGAUUAGCCACCACUGCCUCCAGGGAAGGUGUUAUUAAACCACCUGUUCAAUUAUUUGGUUUGGAAGGUACCUAUGCUACUGCUUUAUACAGUGCUGCUUAUAAAACCACCAACAUCGACAGUGCCUUUAGCUCUUUGAAGUCUUUGACUUCUGCCAUCAAGCAAGAUUCCAAACUAAAAGGCAUCCUUGAAAACCCAACUUUAAAUGCUGAAGACAGACAAGUUGUUUCUUCUACCUUGAGCACAUUGGCUGAGGACAAAGCUGUUGACAACCUAUUGACUGUUUUGGGUGAAAACAACAGAUUGAGUUUAUUGCCAAAGAUAUCCGAGGAAUUCGGUAAAUUGCACUCUGCAUACCAUGGUGUUAUCGAAGCCACUGUUGUAUCUGCUGUGCCAUUGGAAAGUAAAAUUUUGAAAAGAUUACAAAAGUCUAUUUCUGGUAGCAGUUUAGUUGGUGAAGGCAAGACUUUACAAUUGAAGAACGUUGUUAAGCCAGAAAUCCAAGGUGGUUUAGUUGUUGAAGUUGGUGACAAGACUGUUGAUGUCAGUGUUGCCUCUAAGAUUACUAAGUUGAACCAAAUCUUAAAUGAAACUAUUUAA